UUCUGCAGGAUUCACACUAUCAAAUACUUACCAGUCUUUCUGCUGACAGACUGAUUUAUUUACCUGUUGUAUUUUAUAUUAAGACGUGAGCUAGGACAGUUUUAAAAGUGUUUUUAAGUAGGAUAUCAAUUUAUACAUGAAGUUAGAAAGGGGCUUUUAAUGUGAAAGGAUUUGAAGUUUAAAGUAGAAGAAGAGCAGCAGGAAAAUGUCUCUCUCUGAACUUUUGGCUACUAAUCUAUUCUUAAUUCCUGCACAUUAUGAAAUUCUUUGGUAUUAGUAAUUGAUGCUUUAUUUGAUCAUUUUGUGUUUGUAAACUGAAGUUUCCUUCAAGAAUAAUUCUGGUACCUACCUGCCAUUGUUUACGGUGGGACAGAUAUAAAAGUGACAUCAGAAGUUGGACAUGUGCUGCAGAUAGGAGAGAAUAAAGUUCUGCUGAAUCCUGCUUGUGAACCAGAGAAUGCUUCUGUGUGUGAAAUUGGGGUUACACAAGUAUUUUGUGUGAACAUUGAACUUUGACCAAGCUUUUAUCAACACCACUGGAGAGUAUCACACCAUGGCUCCAGUGUGAAGUUCUGGACCAAAAGAAAGUCUUCCAAAAAAGCUUCAGAAUUCAAAUUCCCCCCCCCGCAAUGGAUCUCUUGAACUGCUCCACUCCCAGAGAAACCCUGGAGAAGGUGUCGGCCUUGCUGGGCUGCAGCACCACCUCUGAAAGAGUGGCCUCAUACCUGGACAAGCAUGACAAGCUGAGGCAUCUCAGGAGGAACUUUCAUGUGCCCAAAAUUGCAGACUUGCCUCCUUCUGAUCUUUCGCUGGUCGACGGCAGCAAGAAGUGCAUCUACCUGGUGGGGAACUCGCUGGGCCUUCAGCCCAAAAUGGCCCGGAAGUACCUGCAGGAGGAGCUGGAUAAGUGGGCGAAAAUGGGUACUCAUGGUCACACAGAGGGCUCUCGACCGUGGGCGUGGGCUGAAAACCACUUAGAGGAGCUCAUGGCCAAUGUUGUUGGAGCUAAACCUGAAGAGGUGGCACUGAUGAACGGCCUGACGGUUAAUUUACAUCUUCUGAUGCUGUCCUUCUACAAACCCACAGCAGCUCGACACAAAGUCCUCCUGGAGGACAAAGCGUUUCCUUCAGACCACUACGCUGUGGAAUCUCAGAUCAGGCUGCGAGGAUUCGACCCUCAGCAGAGCAUGUUGCUGCUUUCACCCAGACCGGGAGAAGACACCCUGAGGACGGAGGACAUCCUGCAGGUGAUCGAGAAGGAGGGCGACUCCAUCGCCCUGGUGAUGUUCAGUGGAGUUCAGUACUACACCGGUCAGCUGUUCAACAUGGCCGCCAUCACAGAGGCUGGGCAGAGGAAGGGCUGUUUUGUAGGUUUCGACUGCGCUCACGCUGCUGGAAACGCUGAGCUGAAGCUGCACGACUGGGGAGUGGACUUUGCCUGCUGGUGCUCCUACAAGUAUCUGAACUCGGGCGCCGGAGGCCUCGCAGGAGCGUUUGUCCACGAGAAGCAUAAAGACACCAUCCACCCAGCGCUGGUGGGAUGGUGGGGUCACGACCUGAAGACGCGGUUCCAGAUGAGUAACGUGUUGGAGCUGAUGCCCGGCGUGAGCGGCUUCAGACUCUCCAACCAGCCCAUCCUACUGGUCUGCCCCCUGCAGGCUAGUCUUCGGGUGUUUGCCAAGACCAGUAUGCAGGCGUUACGCAGGAAGUCCCUCCUCCUGACGGGUUACCUGGAGUACCUCAUCCGGCAUUACUACACCGAGGACCCCGCGCAGCCCGGGAAACCCCACGUCCACAUCAUCACGCCCACCGACCCUGAGCAGAGAGGCUGCCAGCUCUCUCUGUCCUUCUCGGUCCCCAUCGGCAAGGUCUUCAAGGAGCUGGAGAAGAGAGGAAUCGCAUUGGACAUGAGGGAGCCCAGCGUGCUGCGAAUCGCUCCGGUGCCGCUCUACAACACCUUCAGGGACGUCCACACCUUCAUACAGACACUGGGAUGUGCGCUCACCGCCAGCUGCCAUUGAAUAGAGAGGACUGGAGUGAAGUUUACUGUGAAAAGGAACUUGGACUGCUGCAAACUCACAGAGGUAGAAGAAUAUGUGAAGGAAAACUGGAGUUAUUUUACAAUGUUGUCUGUAAAUGAGUAUUUCAAUGUAUAAUUGCUAUAUUUAAGUCUAAAAGUCCAUAUGUGGAUGGAGAGAGGAAGUGGACACAUGUCAUAGUUAGUCAGGACAAUAUACUGAGCUUGCUGGCUAAUUAACCAAAAAACUCUUUUAAAAUGACACAUUCUCUGCAUCAUCAGUCGGAACAUAUUCAAAAUAGAAAUUGAUUGAGCAUGUUUUCACACAUCCAUAAAUAAAAAAUAUGAAGCAUUUGCUUCAACUUUCAA